AGAAAAAUUUAAUUUAAGCUUUAAUCCCAACCUUCACCCGUUUUGGCCAAAUUAUUUUAGACCAUUAAAAUAUAUUUUUAGUUCAUUAAUUUGUAAUAUUUUAUAAUUUUACAUGAUUUUAGGUAUUUGUACAUAAAAAUUAUCACACCCCACUAUCACCACUCAUCAUCUAUUUUCCUAAUCACACCCCACCAUUUGAGUCCUGAUCCUCUGUAGGGUUUUCCUGCAAGGUAUCCUGCAGUGCAAGUAAAAUGACGUCGUUUUGCCCCUUUUUUUUUUCUUUCUUCAGCUUCUUCUCCUCUACUUUUCUUUUCACAGACCUAAUCCCCAGAAGUCCCAAAACGAAAACCAAAGGGCUGGAAGACAAAUGGAUGAUUUUCUAAGUAUUACCUUAAUCUUAGAGCUUUUGAGCUAGGGUUUCCUCUCAAAAGAAAUCUGGGUUGCAUGGAAAUACAAGGCAUGGUAAAAAUUUAAUGGAAAUAUUUUGAUCUUGACACCCAAACAGGGCAUCAUCACCUUAUUAGCAAGGUUGUGAUCCUACGACUCAUUAUACACUAUUCGAUCCGGAUUGUACAUCGGAUCGACCCCAAAGCAGGAUCAUGGUGGGAUCGUGGUGGGAUCGACGGGAUCGGUAGGAUCGCAUCUGGAUCGCGACCCCAUGCGAUCCAGAUUUGAAGGAUUUUUUGGGCAACUUAAAAGCCAAAUCGGGACCUAAAAUGAAAUGAGAGAAGCAGAGAAGCAAAGCAAAUUAGGGCAAACGAAGAAGACUGACCUGGGGAAAGAGAGAUUCAAUCAUUCAACAUCAAACGAAGCCUGACUUGGGCAAACGACUCCAGGAAUGUCAGCCUCUGGUUCAGGAAGAGGGAGGAAGAGGAAAAAUGUUGCUGGUCUAAGAUUUGAUCCUGGUUGGGAACACGGCAUUGAAGUGGAUGCUGCAAGCAAAAAGGUAAAAUGCAAAUACUGUAAUAUUACUUGUUCUGGAGGAAUAUAUAGAUUGAAACACCAUUUGGCAUGCACUCAUCAAAAUGUUGAACCAUGUCCCCAAGUUCCGGAAGAUGUUAGGGAAAAAUUUAUAAGUCUUUUGAGAACUCAAACAUUGGAGUCUCAAAAUAAGAAAAAGAGAAUGCUUGAUAUUGGUGAUGAUGAUUCUGAUGAAGAAGUGGAAUUAUUGCAUGCCGGUGGCCAUAGAAACAAACAAAAACAUUAUGGGCGUAUGGAUAAAUUUGUGGUGAAUAAGUCUCGGCAUCAAAAUAAAAAAACUAUCAAUCAAUUAUUUAAGAAAGAAGAGAGACAUGAUGUUUGUCAAACAAUUGCCCGGUUUUUUUACACUAGUGCAAUUCUUUUUAAUUGUGUCAACAACCCUAUAUUUCCACUUAUGGUUAAGAAAAUUGGAGAUUAUGGAAAAGGCCUUGUGCCACCAUCUUACCGUGAAAUUAGGGUGUCAUUUUUAAAAAGAGAAGUGCAAGAGACAUUGCAAUUGCUUGAUGAGUUCAAGGAACAAUGGAAGAAGACUGGGUGUACAAUUAUGUCCGAUGGAUGGUCAGAUAGAAAGAGAAGAUCAAUUUGUAAUUUUCUUGUCAAUAGCCCUAAUGGAACUAUCUUUCUAUCCUCAUUGGAUACAUCUGACAUUUCAAAAACCGGUGAAAAGGUUUUUGAGAUGUUGGAUGAGAUUGUUGAGAAGGUUGGAGUGGAGCAUGUUGUGCAAGUGGUGAUCGAUAAUGCUUCUAAUUAUAAGUUGGCGGGAGAAAUGUUAAUAGAUAAGAGGAAGAGCUUGUUUUGGACACUUUGUGCCGCUCAUUGCAUAGAUUUGAUGUUAGAGGAUUUUGAGAAGCAAAUCCAACUUCAUCGAGUUACAAUUAAAAAGGGAAAAAGAAUUGUGGCAUACAUUUAUUCAAGAACAAAUCUUAUUCAUUGGAUGAAGGAGUUCACAAAAGGUAUUGAACUUAUUAGGCCCGCGGUAACACGAUUUGCCACAUCUUACUUGACCUUGAGGCGCCUUCAUGAGCAAAAGGGUGCAUUGUUCUCUUUGUUUACAUCAUCCAAGUGAAGGAAUAGUCGAUUUGCAAGGUCUGAAAAGGGUAAAAAAAUUGAAGAUAUCGUUUUAGAUAAUCAUAUUUUUUGGAAGGGCAUUUCUAUGUGCUUGAAGGCUGUGGUACCUCUUAUUAAAGUACUUAGAUUGGUGGAUUCGGAUGAGCAUCCGGCGAUGGGAUUCAUUUACGAGGCAAUGGAUCGUGCGAAAGAGGAAAUUUAAAGCAAUUUCAAUAAUGUUUUCACAUGAUAAACUUUUAAUUAGUUAAACUUAUUUACUUUACUAUUAUAUUUCUCUAAACUUUUUAUUUGUUCAUUAAUAUUCUUUAUUUAAUGG